AUGUCUUACGACGAUAUCGAAAACGCCACGCCCGACAUUGUGAUCGGGUCGCAGACCCCCGAAGACGAUGACUUGGUGUACGAGCACGACGUCGAGUCUGGCGGCGAAGAGCCUGAUACAGAGGCUCCAGUGAAGGAGAAGAAGCAGGUGGCUUUUGCCGGUUUGGACGACGAGUUCGAUGCCGAGGCUGCCCAGAGAGAGUUUGAAGAAGGAGGCGGUCUUCCGGAGCAGCCCGACGACGUGGAUCUUUCCACCUUGACUCCCACCUCGGCCGAGAUCAUCAACAGACAAGCCACCAUCAACAUCGGUACCAUUGGACAUGUGGCCCACGGUAAGUCCACGGUUGUGCGUGCCAUUUCCGGCGUGCAGACCGUUCGUUUCAAGGACGAGUUGGAGAGAAACAUUACCAUCAAGUUGGGUUACGCCAACGCCAAGAUCUACAGAUGCAGCGACCCCAAGUGCCCUGCUCCAGGAUGCUACCGUUCGUUCAAGUCCGACAAGGAGAUCCACCCCAAAUGUGACAUUCCUGGCUGCGAGGGCCGCUACAACUUGGUCCGCCACGUGUCUUUUGUCGACUGUCCCGGUCACGACAUUUUGAUGAGUACCAUGUUGUCGGGAGCCGCCGUCAUGGACGCUGCUCUUUUGCUUGUGGCUGGUAACGAGAGCUGUCCACAGCCCCAGACCUCCGAGCACUUGGCCGCUAUCGAAAUCAUGAAAUUGAACCACGUCAUCAUCUUGCAGAACAAGGUCGACUUGAUGAGAGAGGAAUCUGCCUUGGAGCACCAAAAGUCCAUUUUGAGCUUCAUCAGAGGUACCAUCGCCGACGGCGCUCCCAUCGUGCCUAUUUCUGCCCAGUUGAAGUACAACAUCGACGCUGUCAACCAGUUGAUCUGCGACUACAUCCCUGUUCCUCCAAGAGACUUCAUGGCCUCUCCUCGCUUGAUUGUCAUUCGUUCCUUCGACGUCAACAAGCCUGGUGCCGAGAUCGAGGACUUGAAGGGUGGUGUCGCCGGUGGCUCCAUUCUUAACGGUGUUUUCAAGAUUGGCGACGAGAUCGAAAUCAGACCUGGUAUCGUGACCAAGGACGACAGCGGCAAGAUCCAGUGCAAGCCUAUUUUCUCCAACAUUGUUUCCCUCUUUGCCGAGCACAACGACUUGAAGUUUGCUGUCCCCGGUGGUUUGAUCGGUGUUGGUACCAAGGUCGACCCUACUUUGUGCAGAGCAGACAGAUUGGUCGGUCAGGUUGUCGGUGCCAAGGGCCACCUUCCCUCCAUCUACACUGACAUCGAAAUUAACUACUUCUUGUUGAGAAGAUUGUUGGGUGUCAAGACUGAAGGCCAGAGACAGGGCGCCAAGGUGCGUAACUUGGAAACUGGCGAGGUGUUGAUGGUCAACAUUGGUUCCACUGCUACUGGUGCCCGUGUGGUUGCCGUCAAGGCCGAUAUGGCCCGUUUGCAGUUGACCUCUCCAGCAUGUACCGAGGUGAACGAGAAGAUCGCCUUGUCCAGACGUAUCGACAAGCACUGGCGUUUGAUCGGCUGGGCCACCAUCAAGAAGGGUACCACUUUGGACCCUGUUGCAUAG